AUGCGUUACUCAUUCAUCCUCGAAGGGCUCUUCCUUCUGCCCACCGCCCUGGCUGCGGCUGUACCGGUAGAUGAUAUCGACCCAGCCAUGAUGGAUCGUGAGAUCGCCCGUCUUAACGGAGAGCUUGAGGGUCGCGUGGACCAGCCUGAAUCGCCCUGGAUCAAUGACAACUGUUUCAGCCCGGAGAAUGUCGAGGAGCACAAGAAGGACGAGAGCUGCCCUAAGAAGAACGAGCUCAAGCAGGGUUCACAGGGAGAUUGGUACUGCCCUAUCAAGAUCGGCAAUAAUUGUGAGUCCUACUGUGAGCAGAACCUAUCCUGGACCUUCGGAAAGGAACAGCCCUUCGACAACGCCAGUUGCCGAGCUGGCAGCGACUGUUCCCUUUCAAUCACUCAGUCCGUAACUAUCACCGAGACCACCAGCUUCAACUUUGGUAUUAGCCACAGUGCCUUUAGCCUGGGAGCUUCAUUCUCCUUCUCGGACUCCAAGUCUACUGCCAACGGCAUCUCCCACAGCAAGCCCGAUGACCUGAAGGACAACUGCGGCUACUGGACAUUUGUCCCUUAUAUGGUGACUUCUUGCGGCCGAAGCGCUAAGGCCGAUAUCCACAAGAACAUCAUCAAUAAGUGGUGCGCCAACCGUGUCGACGGCGACAUGUGUGUCACCCGGGCUUACAAGACCAAGUCCGGCACGGCCGGCGGUAAGGCGAUUUUUGUUGCCACGGAUUGCGACUCCAACAAGCCCCUGCCCUUCUGCAAGCAGGACGAGGUCUUCCUCAAGGCUGGUGUUGCGCGUGAUGAGCAAGUCCACCUUGACUACAAGGCCUCUUGGUGGGACGGUGACCAGUCAAAGGGACCUACCGGCACUGCCAAGUACCAGUGCGAGCUUGGGAACUGGCCCAUGCAGUAA